UCCGUUCCGCUUUAACAGCUCUCGCGCACGCAGAACAUGUCCGAUGCAAACAUGGAGGAGAAUGUUGAACAAGCUACAAGUAGUAAAACUAUAUCUCUGCCCAUAUCGAGGGUGCGAUUAAUCAUGAAAAGUUCUCCUGAUGUGUCCUGUAUUAACCAGGACGCUCUUUUCCUGACAACAAAAGCAACGGAGCUUUUUGUCCAACACUUAGCUCUGUCUUCAUUUAAAAACGGUUCUGGUAAAGAGACAAACACACUAUCGUACAGCGAUCUGGCUAACAUAGCAGAGGAGACGGAAACGUUUCAGUUUUUAACCGACAUCCUUCCAAAGAAAAUCUUGGCCAGAGAGUAUCUGAAGUCACUAGAAGAAAUGACAAAAGAAGAUGGGAACCUGUAGUGAUGUUUCACAAGUCAAAGGAAAUUCAUGUGAACUGGGUCUCACAACUUCCAUAAUACUUUUACAAAAGCAAUGGAUUAAACUUUAGGAUUUCAUUGUUUUAUGAAUAAGAGCACCCAAGGACUUGUGUUUUCUCACCUCGGUUUUUCUGUUACACUAAUGUUGUCUUGACCAAAAUGUACAGUAGCGUCUGUAGAUUCACAAUCAAAAGCACUCAGAAAAUACGCCAUACUAUGAUUUUCUGCAUGGUUAGGGAAGGGUCUUUGUCCAGGUGCAUCAAUCCAGGUAUCCAUACAUUCAGCAUGUGUUGUUUAUGAUCCUUCAAUUUAUAAAUGUAGCGUUGCUUGGGGUUUUCAUGGGCAUUAUACCUUAUCAUUUUAACCACUUACCUGCUGAAGUGAAAUAUAAAAUUGAUUUAUACACUGUAGAAUUUCAACAAAUCCGUAGUUCAUUUUUGAAGUUAGGUUUUGUCCCUUUACAUGUUGAAAUGUGCAUUUAUUAUGAGCCCAUAUUUUGUAAACGUACAUGAAGUGCUAUUCUUCAGCUUGGUCCGGUGAAACUCAUCAGGACUGUUUUGUAUUUUUGAUGACACGUUUGUAUCUGAGAGCUUGAAGAUUUAUAGUGUUCUGCAUAGUUGUUAAACGCUUGAACCGCUUUGUAUUUGAAUAAAUGCGUUUGCUGAUUGUUUGUA